AUGUUGUUCCCCCAUAGUCUGUUGCGCCGGCGGCUGCGGCUCAUGCUGCUGUCCGCCCUGGCCUUUGCAGCGGCAUUCUGGCUUCUCUCGGGCGGCCAGCGGAGGGAAACCCCCCAGUUUGACGCCCGGCUGCUGGAACAACAGUAUCCUUUAGUAUGGAAGCACAUUCACUCAUUCAAUGGAGUUGGAGGAGCGUGGUACAUUCCUCCGAGCUGGCUCGCCGACGACCAGACGCCGCCAGCAGACAUUGUCGAGGCCGCAAGUCUGGCGUCCACGGCCGCCCUCUUUGCACGCGAACGGCAGGUGGCCUUUUCCAACAUUCCACUUCUGAUGCACCAGACUGGAGCUUCGUCCAAGGUCAACACUUGGAAGCCUGAUGUCGUCCCAUGGGUCGAGCGGUGGCUUGAGUAUUCCACGUCUCCCAGCAACAGUGAGCCCAUGGCGUACUUCUUUUGGGACGACGAGGGAAUCGCCGUGCUCAUGGAUAAGUAUGAUCAGGGGUUUGUCGAGGAUUUCAACGCAAUCUUCACUCCGGUCGAGAGGGCAGACAUCUUCCGCAUCGUAACGUGCCUAUACUUUGGAGGAAUUUAUGCCGACAUUGACACAGAACCUCUCCGACACCCGGCGGAUUGGGUCGGCCCGUCAGAUCUUGCUCGAUGGAUUGAUGAUAUCACUGGGAAAAGCUACGGCUUCAAGAAACCCGAAGAGGAGGCUGCUUCGCCUUCCGCCAAUGGCAAACAGCCCGUUAACCUUAUCUGGGGGCUUGAGGCUGACACAGAUCCAAAUACAAACACCUAUUGGCGCAUGGGAUACACGUAUCCGAUCCAGCUUACUCAAUGGGCGCUGGCGUCUGCUCCUGGGCACCCGGCUCUGAAGCAGUUCAUGGACAAUCUUUAUGCCGAGGUGCUCCUGGAAAAGAAUGCGACUACGAAUGACCCCAACAGGGCCGACCCUCUCACACGAACCGGCCCUGCUGCUGUCACGCUGGCUACUCUUUUGUGGCUGGAGCAUGACAAUGGAUUUCGGUGGAACGCCCUCACUGGGCUGAAAGACGGAGGCAAAACGAAGCUCGUGGCAGAUGCUUUGAUUUUGCCAAUCACUGGCUUCAGCCCCGGUCGCGGAUCCUACGGAAACAUGGGUUCGAAGCCUAUUACGGAUCCAGAUGCCCGGCUUGUCCAUCAUGCCUUGGGCUCAUGGAGGAAAUUCGAUCUGCUAGUCGAGUAUGGCAAGUUUUGUCGCACAGUAUUUGGACUUUGCAAAGACUGGACCAAAGUCCCGACGCCACAGAGCGGAUUAUAG